UUGGAAUCACUCCACUUUCUCAUCACACACAGUGCAGCCGCGCGACCUGCUCCGUGCUGGACCGGGAGGAGGACAGAGUUUGAGGCGGCAGAGCAGCGACCGCGCGUCGGGGUUGGAAACUAACCGGACGACCGCUGCUGGCAACUCCUACCGGAACUAGUGUUUUCUUGCUUUGGGUGAUUUUUAAACCGUUUUUAUCUUUUUUUUUUUUUUUUCUCUUAUCCUUCCUCCCCUCCCAGUCCCGGUGCUCCGUCCACCAUACAUCCACCACCUCCACCCCCGAUCAGCGGAGGAUGCUGUUGCUGCUGCCCGCUGGUAACGCCCGUUCACGGAGUAGCAGUGAGUGACCCGCGGUCCGGCUGGCAGCUCCAGCCGCUCCACCCCCCGGAGAGAGGAAGGGACCUCCGGGUUGACGCGCAGCGCUGGUCACGACAGUAAAACUGGACAUAAAAUUGUGAGAGGAUCCGGAGGAAUAAUUACCCCCCGCCCGGCCGACUGGAUUGUUUGAUUUGUUUUACGGUGUCCCUUUUUCGGCGUGGAUUGUUAAUUAAUUUCGGGGCUUUUUUUUUUUUUUUUUCCCGGAGCGGCUCCGCCUGGGUACCGAGGAGGAGCGGAGCCUAUAGCCGGGCUUGGAGCGCUCAGAGCUGGGGAACCGCGCGGCUCUCACCCGGUCCAGAGCGGUGCAGUCGGGCGGAGACAUGGCGGCGCUCAGGUGGGAGGUUCUGCUGUUCCUGACGGUCAGUCUGCUGGUUUCCUGCGGCGCCACGACCUCUGACGUCCUGUUUCGGGUUUCUGAGGAGCAGCCGCCCAACUCGCGUAUCGGCAGCCUGGCGGCGGAGCGGGGCCUGCCCGACAGCGGCCACCUCUACAAGCUGGAAGUGGGCUCGCCGUACCUGCGGGUGGACGGCAAGACCGGCGAGAUCUACACCACCGAGAUCCCCAUCGACCGUGAGACGCUGAGGGACUGCCGCAACCUGUUAGAGGGCGACAAAUGCUUCCUGGAGUUCGAGGUGUCGAUCACCGACAUGGUGAAGGGCUUCGGCUCGGGGCCGCGGCUCAUCGAGGGACGCAUCGAGGUGGAGGACAUCAACGACAACACGCCGCAGUUCUCCUCGCCCAUCCUAACCCUCUCCAUCCCCGAGAACACGCACAUCGGCACCCUCUUCCCCAUCCCCAUGGCGACCGACAGGGACUCCGGCACCAAUGGCGUGGCCGAGUACUCGCUCACCACCGGGCCGGACGCCGACCAGCUGUUCAGCCUGCAGGUCGCGGUGGACACGGACGAGAAGCUGCCUCAGCUGGUCGUCAUGGGCAACCUGGACCGCGAGAAGAAGGACUCGUACGACCUGAACAUCCGAGUGGUGGACGGCGGGAGUCCGCCGAGGGCGAGCAGCGCUCUGCUCCGAGUCACCGUCACCGACCAGAACGACAACGCCCCGAAGUUUGAGAGGAGUCACUACGAGGCCGAACUGCCGGAGAACAGCCAGCAGGGACACUCGGUGCUACAGGUCAGAGCCAACGAUGCCGACACCGGCGCCAACGGAGAGAUCGAUUACAGCCUGCACCAGGCGUCGGACACGGUCCAGAGGCUCCUGCGCAUCGACCGCUCCACAGGCAUCAUCUACGUGAAGGGCCUGGUGGACCGCGAGGAGGAGAGCUUCCUCAAGUUCUUUGUGGUCGCCAAAGAUCGUGGACCCAACUCCAAGAGCUCCAAGGUCCUGGUGACCAUCAACGUCAAGGACCAGAACGACAACGCGCCCGCCAUCGAGAUCCGCGGUAUCGGCUUGGUGACGCACCAGGACGGCAUUGCAAACAUCUCGGAGGACAUGCCCAUCGGCACACCGGUGGCGUUGGUCCAAGUGUCGGACCGCGACGAGGGGGAAAACGCGGUGGUGACGUGCGUGGUCGCCGGUGACGUCCCCUUUCAGCUCCGACCUGCGAGCGAGUCGGCCAACGAUCGGAAGAGGAAGUACUUCCUGCAGACGACCACGCUGCUGGAUUACGAGCGUGUUAAGGAUUACAGGAUUGAAAUAGUGGCGGUGGAUUCUGGGAAUCCGGCGCUGUCCAGCACCAACGCUCUCCGAGUCCAGGUCACGGACAUGAACGACAACACGCCAAGCUUCUCUCCCGUGAUGCUUGAGGUGGACUUUCCGGAGGGCAACCAGCCAGGCGACAAGGUGCUGGAAGUCGUGGCGACGGAUGCCGACAGCGGCACCAAUGCGGAGCUGGCGUACAGCAUCAUCGAGCUCUCGGCCAGCAGGCUGUUUGAAAUCGAUGCCAACAGCGGAGAGGUCCGCGUGAAGAACCUCCUGGAUCGGGAAGAGACGGAGCGAUACGAGUUCCGCGUGGCGGCGGCAGACAAGGGAGUUCCGAGUAAAACCGGCACCGCUACCGUGGUCAUUAAUGUUCUGGACCGCAAUGACAAUGACCCCAAGUUCAUGCUGAGCGGCUACAGCUUCUCUGUCAUCGAGAACAUGGCGCCGCUCAACCCUGUUGGUGUCGUGACCGUCACUGAUAAUGAUAAGGGCGAGAACGCCAGAGUGAGGCUGUUUGUGGAACCGGACAACGGCAAGUUCGUCAUCCAGAACGGCACCGGAACCAUCCUGUCCAGCAUCUCCUUCGACCGAGAGAAGGAGAGCACCUACACCUUCCGCCUGAAGGCCGUGGAUGCCGGCGACCCACCUCGAUCCUCCUACGUCGGCGUGACCAUCAACGUCCUGGACGAGAACGAUAACGCCCCCUAUGUCACCAAACCGGCUAACUCCUCCUACACGUACAUGUCGCCGGUCACCCAGCCGGAGACCCGUGUGGAGGUGGUGGAGGCCGAGGACAUCGACUACGGACCCAACGCCGAGCUGGUGUACACCAUCACAGGCGGCAACCCAUACGGACUGUUCCACAUCUCACCGAGCAGCGGGGAGAUCACACUGGCACAGGAAUUCACCGGCAAGCACACCGGGCUGCACCGCCUGGUGGUGAGGGUCAGCGAUAAAGGCAAACCUCCCCGCCACACCACCGCCCUUGUGCACGUCUUUGUCAACGACACCAAAUCCAACGUCUCGCUCAUCGAGGCGCUGGUCGGGCACAGCCUCUACACCCCUCUGGACCGGGACAUCGCCGGAGACCCCAACUACGCCCACGCUCAGCGCAGCAACAUCCUGUACGGCAGCCUCGCAGGGAUCGCCGGCGUGAUUCUGGUGAUUGUAGCCGUGAUGGUCAUCAGGUACAGACUGCAGAAGGACACCAAGAGUGGCUACCAGGCCGGCAAGAAGGAGAGCAAGGAUCUGUACGCGCCGAAGCAAGGCCCCAAAAACGGCAAAGGGAAGAAGAGUAAAAAGGGUAAAGCCCCAAAACCGGCAAAACCGCUGGAGGAGGACGAAGAGGCGAGCUUACAGAAAGGCCUCAAGUUCAACCUCAUCAACGACACGGUGAACGACAGUCCCCGAAUCCACCUGCCCCUUAACUACCCGCCGGGAAGCCCCGACCUCGGCCGCCACUACCGCUCCAACUCCCCUUUGCCGUCGAUCCAACUCCAACCGCAGUCGCCCUCCGCCUCCAAGAAGCACCAGGCGGUUCAGGACCUCCCCGCCACCAACACCUUCGUGGGAACGGGCGACAACAACUCCACGGGCUCCGACCAAUAUUCGGAUUACAGCUACAAGGCCAACCCGCCCAAAUACAGCAGCAAACAGCUUCCUCACCGCCGGGUUACCUUCUCCACCGCCAAUCAGGCGCAGGACCUCCAGGACGCGUCCCAGCACAGCUACUACGACAGCGGCCUGGAGGAGUCGGAGACGCCCAGCUCCAAGUCGUCUUCGGGGCCGCGGAUCGGGCCGCUGGCGCUCCCGGAGGACCACUACGAGCGGACCACGCCCGACGGCAGCAUCGGCGAGAUGGAGCACCCGGAGAACGACCUCAGGCCUCUUCCCGACGUGGCGAUGACCGGUAACUGCACCCACGAGUGCACCGAGUUCGGCCACUCUGACUCCUGCUGGAUGCCCGGCCAGCCUUCCCCCACCCGCAAGGUGUCCCAGAACGCCCCCAAGCUCUCCACCUUUGUGCCUUACCAGGAGAUGGACGGGCAGGAGCAGCUGAUGGCCAACGGCAGCCCCAAGCCCAUGGCGACGGAGGAGCGCGGGACGGGCAGUGGCAGCGGCAGCAGUUCCAAAGUGGCCAACAUGCGGUUCAUGACGCCCUACAGCAGUGCCUACCCUGGGGGUGGAGACUCCGGUAAAGACUGUGGGCUGGAGGAGAUCCCACUGAGCCAGGCGGUGGAGUACCACUCGGCCACCACUCCAACCGGCCAGACCUCCAAGAGGGAGAUCUACCUGUGAGGGCGCAGCUCUCCACCUUAAAAACCCCCAACCCCCAUCCCUAGGCUCCUCAUCAUCCCUCGUCGCUGCUCGCCACCACCUGUCCCACCCCCUCACUGCCGCCCCCUGUGCCUAUUACUCACUGGUGCCGCAGCACCGACUCCCCUUCUUCCUUUUUAUAACUGCAUCCACCGUACAAGGCUUUAGACCCUCGCCCGCCUCACCCACUGCCACCGCCGCCACCCACCCCCCCUUCUAGAAACCAAUCAAAUGUAAAAUAGAAUUAAUUAAAAUCAAUUGAAGAAAACACGUGGCUCCUGCUGCUGCGGAAGGAAUGUAAACUACACCACAUCGUUGUGAUAAUUUAAUGGGAAACUAUUUAGCUACUCACGUAUUUGAGUUGGAUUUUUGUGUGUUGCUUUAGGCUAUGUUGCUGUGUUGGAACAGAAAAAGAAAAAACACCUUCGGGGGGAAGAAGGAAAAGAACAUCUUGUAAAUCCUACUUAAGUAUACUGUGUAAUGCUAUCUAUCCUGAUUUUUUUGGUUUGGAUUUGUUUGAUUUUCUUUAUAUUUUUCCUCUGUCGACUCCGGAGCCUCCGGGAAAUAACAUUUUUGAGCCGAGUUGCAUCAAAUCAACCGGGCUCGUUUUUAUCAGGAACAGCUCAUCUUAAGACGUUUGCAGAAACGCAGCUGUUUUCCAAACUCCGGAGUUGAGAACUUUUUUUCAGGUCUGUUCAUUUUCUUGCUGUGAAGAGGUCUUUUUUCAGUGUACAGAGCUGUAAAUACUACAAACAGUGACAGAGGAAACUGCUGUGGCUGUUAGUGUGGAUCCGUGGCUGUCGUGCUGUCUGGAGAUCUUCAUGUAAUGUCGGACUGAUGGAAAACCUUCGCAUGUACAGAGAAACGACGCCACGGCGUUCGCCGUCACCCUGCAGGAACCUGGACUCUUGAGCAUCACCGACGGUGCCGAGUUACAAACACGAGACUUUUUAUUAUUUUUUUCUUCUCCUCUACAACUUUACCACACAGUUGAAUUUGGGUUCACGAGGGGACAGAGUCGUUCAAGGAUACCAGUUUAAUUAGAACCGAAAGAAAUAUCUGAGUUCUAAGCGCUUCAGUCAGUGGAUCGGCCAAAGCUGAGUAUCCAAAUACUGGUUAUAUUAUUAAUGCUCUUGUCAGUAGUAUACCAUAAAAUGAAAGCAUUAAAGUGUGUGACAGUUACAUUUAUUCUCACAGAAAACUAUCAAAAAAAAACAACAUAUAUACAAUUUGAUUUUCAUGUGUAAAGAUGAAACUUUCCUGAGCUGUGAACUGUGUGAAAUUGUGUUCCAUCGUUCAUGUUUGGAAAGACUAAAAGUCCCGCUAGCUACUUCCCCUUCAGACCGCAGUGUCCAUUGUAGAGCUGAAACUAUUAGUCUGUCACCAAAGAAAAUGAAUCGGCAACAGUUUUGAUCUAUUAAUCAUUUAAAUAAUUUAAACUGAGCAAAAUUGUCAAACACUCUUUGGUUCCAACUUCACUAAAAUGAGCUGUUUCUUCCUCCUUUAUGUUAUUGUCAGUGGAAUAUCGUUGGUUUUGGACUGUUGGUUUCCUUUAAUCCUUACAGGUAGUUUCAGAUAAAAAUGUAAAGUUUGUCCUGAAUGUGGCACAAGAGGAAAGCUCGAGAGGUCAUUGAAAUCAAACCGGUUCAUCCUUGGGGGAGCAGGAAUGUCACAGCAAAGUCUGAUAUGAAUCUGGCCAAUAUUUGUCGAUAUGUUUCUAAAGUGUCGGACAGACAGAUCGAUAUCGUCAUUCUUAUCGGUGCUGCAGCGUGCGAGGCUCAGACAGACUAAUUACCACAAUCUCAGUCAGGAUUAACGCCAAAAUCUUCUCUCAACAAAAGAUUUGAAGGCUCAAUACACAGAGGACAUGUUUGAAAUGUCUGCUGUGGUUUGUGAAACAGCAGCUGUGUCUUUAUUCUGACAAACCGCCACAGCUGUGAAGUGUAGAGGUGCACUGAUACUUGCAGGACUGAGUGUGUUGUUUGUGGCGACUGUGGUGGAUGUUUCCCCGCUGUGUUCUCGAGCUUGAAGGAAGAGCUCUCUGGUCAGUGUCGCCUCUCGUUAGUUCCCACCUCUUUACCUCCUCAGUGUGAGGCCGAGCCGUUUGCCAUUUAGCAGAAGUAUUUAUUAAACCUGUUAGUUCUGUGCAGCGGGGGAGGUGGGCGCCGCUUCCUGCCGCGCUGCAGCCGCACAGGCAUGCAGGAUUAAUGACACCUGUACAGGCUUCAGUCCACUAACACCCACUCCACACGGUGCAGCAGAGAAACUGUAAUUACAACCCGAGGCUCUGCACAUUACCGGCGAUAAUUUGCGCCAGUAAAAGCGAGCUGGUUUGGAAGUUCAUUCAUUCUGAGCCCGGUGUUAAUGGCUGCUGAGGGUAAUGUGAGAUUUCACCUGUAGUGAUGCACACCAGCUGAGAAUGGAUGGAUGAAAGGAAAGCCACAGUGAGACAGUGCGCUGCAAAAAAAUCUCCCUAACAAGUCAUUUAGUCUCUUGCUGAGUCCCGAAGUCUUAAAACAAAGCAAGAAAUCAGCCUGUGGAGGGAGAUUAUUUCACCCGUUUUCCUCCCGUCAAGGUAGAGCUAAAGCAUGAGCACGUAUAAAAGGGGCUUCAAUGGCCACAACGUUAAUCCUUGGGGUCCAUCCACUAACUAGUUGUUUCUGCCACUGACAGGCACAGAUUGUUAUUCUCAGUGUCUGACAGCAUUAUGUAUCUUUGUUUCGACUAGUGUAUUAUUUUCUAGAAACUUCCUGAAACGGAGAAAGCUGCAGCGGGAACAAGUGGGAUUAAUCUCGCCCCUGUCGGCAGAAAAGUCUCGACGGCAGACUCAAUGACUUGUCAAUUGUUUUGGGGUUUUUUGUUUGCAGCGUGUGUGAUGUAAACAUCCACCCUCCAGAAUCACAGAGGGAACAUCAAAGCGCCGCCUCCAAGCUGCGACGCCUUCAAAGUCUUAACAGGCAGCAAAACGGGACCAUCUGCCGGGUCGCGGAGGGGUCGCACUAUCUCGUUUUACUCGCCAAACAAUUGCCUUCGCCGAGCAUAUCGGACGGUCUCCUUCUCCUGCUUUCUUUCCUCUUUUGUUUUGGUGUCGCCCAUUAAUUGGGUUUUAUUGUACAUACAUUUGUUUUUGAUGUGGGGAGCUCGAUGUGUGGGGUUGUGUUAACGUGAUUCAGAACACGAUUCCUCCGGUCUCUGAAGGUGACUUGAUUUAUUGCCGACGUACCUCGCACACACACACAGUCGCAGUGUUCCCCCAGCAGAUAAAUCAACCAUCAUUCAACCGACGUUCAACCCUCCCAGUGACAGAGAUUUAGAGUUCACGGGCGCCGCCGCGGUCCCUCUCGCUCCCCGUCUUCCUCUGGUGAUUUAACGCCAGCGCUCAGAGCUCUGAUUGAUUAUUUACAGGCCCAACAUGGAGGUCCACAUUGACUCUCCUCCUUCCUCCCCCCCUCGCCACGCUUCACAGUUUCACCGUAAACAAGUCAUUUUUUUGCUCCCCGUGAUGCCCGCCUGCCACCCGGCCGACCGCUGGGCUCCCAGGUGGCUGCUGUGUUAUGCUGUCUCAGGUAAAGACAGAGGAGAGAGAGGUUGGAGUCAUGUAGUGUUGGUUUAACCUCAACUCUUUGGCACCAAUUAACCCCAGAAGAAGAAAAGCAACCUCUGGUGACCUCCGAUGACCUUUUGUGAUCUCUGGCGUUGCUGUUGGCGUUUAGCUCACAGCAAAAAACUGAAAUAAAGCGAGCAAACACGAGACUGCUCGUGUGUGUGUGUGUGUGUGUGCCAACAAUAAUAAGAAAAAUAGCAGCAAUAUACACAACAUGGCCAAAAGUAUGUGGACGUGUGAGUCCUGCUCAUAAAGUUCAGUUAUAAAAUCCCACAGCGCAGCAGCGUCUCUCCUGAGGACAGCUAGUGUGCCACUAAUAAUAGACACUGACUGACAACAUAUCUGAGCAGGAUGCAGCCCGAUAAAUGUGUUUAUUUGCAUAUAGAGCAGAGGAGUGAGAUCUGAUCACAGGUGGCCACUGGAGACGCAUGUUAAUACCAGCUGUAAACAGGCUCCUGGAAACAGUUUGGAUGUGAGACACAUUUUAAUGCAAGGUGUAAAACAGACUAGUAGUAUAUUAUAUGGACGGGGUUUGACCACAGACUGUUUUCUCUAAGAGGAGUUCAUUCAAAUACAACGUGUGGAAAUCGCCUAAAAGUACCACUAAAUUCAAAAUGGGUGACUUCCUGUUGGGUUCGAGCUAUGGGUCCAAUAGGCUGUUUAGUUCAAAUGGUCAUUAUACAUGUGCGUCCCGAUCUUCAUACAUAUUGGUGCCUUGGGGGCGGAGUUUUGGGGACUGAAUUUUGUGCCGCGUUUCAUGAGUUUUGAGCAUGUUGUGGCCUCCAAAAAUGAGAUAAUUCCCUUAAUUUCAAAGUCAGAAGCCUCAGCAACAUGUUGGACAAGAGUUUGUAAUCAGAAUACAUCUUUUUUUUUAACAGCCAAGCUCUUAUUGUCAGAAAUUCUACAAUUUCCUUUUAAGUCUGUAGUUUAAAAUCGUACAGUAUUGGAUGUGUACACGGUGCAUAAACAAUACACACAGUAUGUACUGUAUAUGUGUGUGUGCAUAGAAAUGAUCCUGAGGCCUCCUGUCACACUACAAACACUUCCUGCUCCCUGGAGGAACAACUGAACCCCCCCAAUCCACCACCAACCAACCAACCAACCAACUACCCAUCAACCCCCAGGAGAGCCGCUGUCACACACACUGACAGUCUCUGUGUGUGUGUGUGUGUGCGUUCAGCAGGUGUCUCUGCAUGCAGAGCGUCCACCUCCCGUCCUGCUGCCUUCAGUGACAAAUAAAAUAUAUAUAUAUGUAUUUCUGACAUCGCCAAAGUAUUGGAAGCAUUAUAAAUAUUCCAGAGAGGAAACACGGAUAGAAAUGUAAUGACUCUUCUUCUCGUGGAGCUCCGGUUGGCCGCCGCUCGUCAUCUGGUAGCUUUCUGAGGUUGUGUGAAGCUCUUCACGAGUUAUUAUCUUUCAAAUAUCUGAAGGGGAAAGAUUUUGAUCAGAAAACAGAGUAUUUGUCCGUCUGCAGUUUUUAUUUGCUUCCCUGUGCGUAAGUGCAUCACUCACUAAUGAAAUGCAGUUCAUUUACCUCUGAACACACGCAAUUAAACUGCAGUCCUUAAUUCAAAAUGCUUUUAAAUGUAGUGUUUUGGCACUGAAACACGUUGCUUUACCCUUGAUUUAUUAUUAACGUAAAGUGCACUAUAGUUCACUUCUAAAACACUUUAUAGACUUACUCAUUUAUGACUUAACUGCAUAAAUAUCUUCUAAAAAACGGUUUAUUUUUAAAAAAACAUAUUGGUUUACUACUGACAGGCAUUAUUUAUGUAUGAAAUCCACUGCUCUACUUUCAGAGGAAUCUUUUGUUUCCUAAAACAGACUGCGUCUCAAGUUGUAUAUUUCUAUGGUGAUUCUUAAAGCUGCACUAAUUAAUAUUUCUCAUAUAAACCAGAGCCUGAUAUUCACAGGUAUUGCGCACCGCCACCUCCUGGUGAGCCUGGGUAAUUACAUUCUUAAUGCUGAGAAAAACGGCAAAAGAUUUAUGGUUAUUGUGGUUGGAUUUGUGCUGAAAGAGAGUUCUGCCACCUUUUUUGGUCCCAUUCAGGCACCGAUAUUAACCAAUGGAUCAGAUUUCUCUGUUUAAUGUCUAAAGAAUUGCUUGCAUUGAGAAUUAUCACCACCUCUGCAGCUCUACAAAGCCUUUCUAGCCCCUUUUAGUUUCUGGUUUUGGUUUUUACGGGACAUUUCCUGUGUGGUUCAGUCUCAGCUGUAGGAGGUAAAGAGGGUGAUGUUUCCCGCUGCAGUUGGUGGAGAACAAACCAGAGCUAAAAAGAGAGCCAACAUUGGACGAACACAUCGUUCUGUGUCUGCUGGAUGUGGAAACAGGUGUCAGCUGUUGUGUUUGCUGCCCCCAAGUGGCCAAAAAACAAAUCAAUGCAGCUUUAACAGAUAAUUAUCAACCUAUUUAAGAUGAAAACCAACAUUUUUCAAACUUUCAUUGGAACUAAAGGUCCAAAAUCAGGAAAAACUGACCAAUAUUACAUUAUUAUAUUAUACUUUUGGUACAUUUAAAGGACCAGUGUGUAGUGGUGAAGUUACAACUAACUGAAUACUGCUCACCUUUUAAACAUGUAGGAGAAACUAUGGUGGCCUCAAAACUCACAAAAUACCCUGUAAGAUAACAAAAACACAUCGAUUCUUAUUUUUUAACAGAAUAUUAUCUUUAAUUUCUGCCAAUGGAUCCUCGUAAAUGUUACACACUGGACCUUUAAAUAUGUUAUAUCAUUGACUUUUCAAAUACUAAUAAAUAAAUUGCAAUUAAAUCAGGUUCAUUAGACUUUAAGUGUUUAAUAAUUCAACAUAAGUUAAAUGACAAAAGUACGAUUUGAGACGCAUCCUGUGUUUCUUACUUUCUCCUGCUUUAUUUUUCUGAUGCAGUCGUGAAAUUCUUCUGGUCUCUUUAUGAAUCAUGUUGUUGUCGCCGUGAGUUCAGCCGUACGGUGGAAAUAAAUCUGCUCCUAAAUGACAGUAAAACAUGAAUGUUUUUUGGUUUUCUGAGUCUGUGCAGUUCAAUGAAAGCUUCACUUUGUUCAAUUACUCAACAGGAUAUUAUUUUAUUCAGUGUUAGCCCCCCCCUUCAACUCCUCUCCUCAGUCUGACUCAGUGGAAUCAUCUUUUCGCUCUUCUCUAUGUCCACUAAUAUUUACUCUGUUUGUUCCUCUCAUGUGAAUCCUUGUGUUGCUGUGUGGGACUUUUGCACUGAUGGUGGCGUUUAAGUCGCAGGAAUCAGACGCAGCUUUCGACGUACACAAUCUAUAAAGAUCGAAGCUCGUCUUCCACUUUAUAGCCUCUUUCACACAGCUGCAGUCCUACAGAGAGCAGAGGUCUUUAAAGCCUUCAGCAGUCUUCCCUUUAGCUGAUAGAGAGCAGGAACCACCCAACUCUAUAUACUGUUACACAUUAUGUUGCCUAUUAAACUCAGUCUACAAUAACAGGUGAGCUGCCUAUAGCUUGUCAUAGUGCAUACCAUAAUAAGCUAUAGCGCUGGUUUCCUUAAGAGACCCUUUUUCUAUCAUUAUUUGUAUCAUAUAUUUUAUACAUACUUCUCAGUAACUGCAGGACGUUUGCAUAAAAAGUGAUUUGGAUAAAUUAUGAGCAGAUUAUUUCCUUUUUAUGUAAUUCUCUGUCUGUAUUAUGGAUUUUCUAAUACUUAUUAACAAUCAUACAGACUUAAUAGGCUUCUUUUUGGCUAAAUUCAGUGUUUUCUUGUCCAUGAUGCUUUGCUAUUAUAACUUUUUACUUCAAAAUCAAGAAGCUUUUGCGACCCCUGGUGGGGUUCAAACUUUAAAAGACUCUUAAAGCUGUUACAAUAAUAAUUAUUGACAGAUUAAUAUAAUCGUUUUUUAAUUUGACACAAAGGCUAAAUGUGAAAUACGUUGAAGAUGCUGCUGAAGGCAAAACUAUAUUUUAUUUAGUGCAAAAAGUUCCAGGUUGCAACUUCAGUGGAUAUAAAAAGGUUCCUGUUCUGAAAGGACUCAAAUUUGGAGCAGCGUGACAUUUUAAAAUUUAAAAUUAUUAGUAUAAACAGCUUGAUCCUAUAUUUCCCAUAAUGCAGCUCUCAUUAGAGUCUUCCUGGCACUUGGCAAAUGAAAGUCUGAAGGUCUUUUGCAAGUUUUCUGUAAUAAAUUCGUCGUCUCUGCGCCCGAUUAUUUCCUCGCUGCUCCAGAGCCACAAAAGACCGCAAAGGCUUAAUUGACUCUGACAAGUAAAAUCUGUAGAGUGCACCUUUAAUAAAACAUGAAGCUCCACCAACCUCGGUGGCUUUGAUGGCGUGUCACCUUCCUCUAACUGAUUCUCAAACUGAUUUAUAUUUUUUUUUUGAGGGUUGAGUGCCCACUUUCUCUCUCUGGAAGAUACACUUAGUGUCACAUCUGGGCUGAAAUCUUUCUAAUUUUGACCAAAAUCCUUGAAGAACUUUUGAAUUACGGAUGCUGAACGUCUCGUAGUGGGUUCAUUCUGUGACUCUAAUCAGUGCAAAAGUCUUUAACACAAAAGAAAACCAAGUGAUAACAUGAGAGUUGCAGGCUUGUUCUACAUGAAAUCAUGUGAUAAAGUUUGGAGUGGUUUGCUGUUUUUUGGUUGUGUAUUAUACUGAGGCCGGAGUCUCCGGAAACGAGGCUUCAGCUGAGCAUGAAACAAGCCAACUUUAUAAAUAUUAUACAUUUUUGUUGUUGUCGCAGUUGUUUUAUCAAUGUUAUGGAAUCAACACUGCUAUAGACAUACUGUAUGAAUAUAAAUGGUCGUUGCUGUUUUUUACCAGACGCGGCGGUGUAAAUGAUGUUUUCUGAGUGGGCAGACUGGACUGUGUUUUCUGUUUCUUAACUCCAUCGUAACUGAAAAUCCGACACAAAUCCGACAGGCAGAGUGCGAAAAGCAGGACGUUUGUUUUUCACGCUAACAGGAAGACUUGAGUUUCAAAACAUACGGAAGCUAAGAGCAGCCAAUGAUGCUAAUGCUAAUGUUAGGGCGGUUAUCGCCGGGAUAAUUAGCCUUAAAAAUAACAUCAGCAUGAAUGGUCUAUUUUUAACCUGGCAGACAUUCGAAGGUAAAGAAAGUUUUUUAAGAUAAGGAAAUUACGUCUGUAUCCCAGAAUAAUAAUCUUUAGAACCAUAGCUGCAUAAUUAGUUAUCUCAAUUAAGUUUUUUAUGAAUCUAUGUUAUCUUAAGAAUAAAUCUAAAGAUAACAACAUAUUUGUUAUCCUGGAUGCCAAAAAACAUUUUAGCCCCUUAAGUCCAGAAAGAUGAAAUUAUUAACAACUUCUGGGAUGUAUACAGUUUAUUCGGAGAAAAUAAGGUAAUUCAUUUGUAUUAAUUAGAUAAUUUUAGCUAAUAGCAUUUAAUAAAACAGUUAUGUCAGCACAGCAGAUAAAAUGUGAACCUGUAAAAGUGAAAUAAAUCACUAUAAAGUUUGUUAUUGUUAGUGGAGGUGACAAGUAACACACUUCAUCUAAAUAAAGUUAGAUUAUUCAUUUGUUUUUAUAAGAAACGAAUCUGGAGAAGACCAUGGCGGCUCCGAGCUUCCGUACAUUAAAGAUGGAGUUUAAUUAUUUCUUUGUUUUUCAACUAGAAUAAGAAAACAGCAGGACAGAGCUGCCGAAUCACUUUUGUCUUUACAGGAAGUCCACGUUUGUAGCCUAAUUGUUGGUUGGUUAUAUUUAUAUAGGAACAAUGCUAGUGAUGCCUUGUUUUUUGUACAGUUUUAUGUACAUGGAAGUGUAGGUUUUUAAAAAAUGAAGAUGAAAAAAUAUAUAUAUUCAAACAACGUGAAGGAAAUCUGACCUUGAACCUGUAGGAUUAUAUUGUCUAAAGUACCGUAGGCUCUAUUAAAUGUAGGAGUGAUGAUUCAGGCUCAGAGCGGAGGACGACAGCGUCUCUCCUCCAAUCAUCCACCGCUUUCCUUUCCGUUCUCUCAUGUUUCGCCCAGAGUCUGAAGACGACCUGUACAUUUCUUUAGUUCCUUUUGUUUCCUUGUUUAUUUGGUCUUUUUGGUUUUCUUGGAGGAAGUCGGGUGAUGUGUGUUAUUUUGUUUUGUUUUUUAGCCUCAUCUUUUGAUCUGCAUCCGCAUGUUUGAAUUUUAAAAAAAAAUGUGGUCUUUUAUUUUUGCUGAGCAAAUCAAAGAAAUGAUAUCUUGUAAUUACUCCUUCCUUAUAGCUUUACAAUAAAAUACAUUCAGUCAAAGGAA